CAAGUAGUUCGUACGGCUUUUUGAAUUCCAAUUCUUUCGUCCUGAUUUUUAACUUUAGACUUACCCAAACAUCAUUCGAUCGUUACUCUUCAUUUGGGUUAUUUACAUCAUUUCAACUCCUCUUUUCCUGUGAAAUUGAACCGCAUUAUUUUCUUGUUCAUUGUCCUAGAUUACUCUAUUGGCUGAGUAGACCACAGGUAUAAUCUGAAAUAUUCAUUUGGCACUCUUUCAAAUAACAGAAGAACAGUUUACAGCUUAUGUGUUCUCACAGAUUAGAAGUUCAAUAUGACAGAAACUGAGCCUAAAAGAGUACAAAAACCCACACCUAAUAUUAAAAUCCUGGCGUUUCAACCUUUGGACUUUUCGUUUAUGAACAUCAAGGAUAUUAGAGAUUUACCAAAAUGUGAACCUAGAAUUACAACCGGUAUUAACCUUGUGAUCCACAAAAGCCGGAGUGGAAAAUGGAUCACGCAAACUUUGAAGGUGAACAAUAAUCAAAUAGAAGAUAUCGCAAGCAUACCUUCAGUUGUUGGUGAGCUAUUUGAAAAUAUUUCUAAAUUGACGUGGCUUGACGUGUCUUGCAACAAAAUAUCUGCUGUCCCGAAUACUAUAUGUAACCUAAAAAGUUUGAGGAUAAUUUACAUGCAUGGAAACGAGAUAAAAACCUUCCAAGAUGUUUCAAGGCUCAAACCGCUUUCCGGAUUGUCAAAGCUGACACUACACGGAAAUCCAGUUGAGAAAGAAAAGGUAGUCGAAUUAUGAGUUUACAGAAGUUUCAUUUGGUUUUUAAAAAUGCCGAAAAUACUUAGCGUUAAUUUAUCUCUGAAGUAAUAAGUGAUAUGUUAACUUCUAUGUCUGAUAGUGGAUCAUACAUGUUCUUGGCUUACUUACUUUAAGUCUUUAAAUAUUCCCAUUUAUAAUAUUAGAACAAGACAUAUAAGCGAACAAUAUUGUUUUCAAUUAGAUCUUCUUCAGGCUUUACUCUAAUUUACAUAGAAUUAUAUAUAUAUAUAAAAUUAUAAAUAAUGACGGUGAUUUAGUGGAUCAAAUAAUAAUAAUAAUCAUAAUGAUGAUAUAAUAAUAAUAAUAGUGUGGUAAAUGUUUUGAACGAAG